UACAUACUCCUGUGUCAGCUCAAACUUAUCAAAACCAAAAGCAAAUGCUUAACAUUCCUUCUUAUUUACAACAACAAAGACGACGAUGGAAAUUAUCGGACGCUGGCGUCUCUCCAAUGUCAUUAACACAAUCGACUUCAUCAUCUAGUAAUGUACAUGAAAUGUCGUUUACAAAUUAA